UAGACACUGACGUCGACACUGACGCCGAGCUCUGCCUGCAUUGCUUCUUGAGCUCGUCCUCUCUCUCUCUCUCUCUCUCUCUCUCUCUCUCUCGGUGUCAGUCUCAGUGCCUUUCGCCCGUCCGUCCGUCUCUCUCUCUCUCUCUCUCUGUCUGUGUGUGUGUGUGUGUGUGUGUAAGAGAGUCGAUUUGUGGGAAGAAGAAGGGGCGAGUCGCGGCGGGGGUGAGUCAGACCAGCGAGAUGGCGUUGCUCGUGCCAUUGGAUGCGUGGGGCGCGUUGACCAUCAAUGAUGAUGGUCUGAGUACGCUGACGACGCGGCAGCAAGAGGCCGUGGAGACACAGCUUGAGGAUGAAUGCUUUCGCCCCGUUCUCGCUGACCCAGAGGUUCAACCACGCCUGUCACUACAAAGCGAGUGGCUGAUGCUGGAUCGCAGGCGCCAUAUUGGCUUCUUGCGGAGCGGGCUGGGUCAGCUUGGAAGUGGCUACCAGUGUCUCGAUGCCAGCCGACCCUGGAUCAUCUAUUGGUGCUUGCACGGCCUCUCCCUUCUCGGAUACGAACCCAACGAAAGCGAGCGCACACGGUGCAUCAACACACUGCGCCAGUGCCAAAAUGCCACAGGUGGCUUUGGUGGUGGUCCAGGCCAACUCUCUCAUUUGGCUCCCACAUAUGCUUCCGUCAAUGCCCUCGCUAUUCUGGGACCCGAUGCCUUGUCCAUUAUCGAUCGAAUCAGCCUACGCAAGUUCCUCGCCGCCCGUAAACGUGCCGAUGGCUCCUUCACCAUGCACGAGGAUGGUGAAGUCGAUAUUCGCGGUGUGUACUGCGCGACAAGUGCGGCAUUCUUGGCCUGCCUUCCCAAGCUCGACGAGCUCUUUGCCGGUUCAGCGGCUUGGAUUGCCCGCUGUCAAACAUAUGAAGGCGGAUUUGCCGCCGUUCCUGGUGCCGAGGCACACGGCGGCUAUGCAUUUUGCGGACUGGCUGCUUUGCACCUGUUGCAAGGCGCGGAGCUCAUUGACCUUCCACGACUGGCGUCCUGGGCCGUUGAGCGACAGAUGAAGUUUGAGGGGGGUUUUCAGGGCCGCACCAACAAGCUGGUGGACGGUUGUUACUCCUUUUGGGUGGGCGGCGUUUUCCCCCUCCUUCGAAAGAUGCUGAAAGCGCAAGGGGCUGAUCCCGGCUUGCUCUGCUCGGCCGAGGGCUUGAUACACUACGUGUGCAUCUGUUGUCAACAUCCUCGAGGCGGCCUCAUUGACAAGCCGGGCAAGGGACGGGAUUUUUAUCACACCUGCUAUUGCCUGUCAGGGCUUCAAGCUGUUGGCCACCCCGAGCUGAUAGUAUCCACACACGAGGCCUUCAACAUUGCAUCCGCAAAGGCAAAAGCAGCACAAGAAUUUUUCGCCAGCCAAACAGCUGGAUCGAAUUUGUGAAACCCGUGGCGUAUUGGUUCAAGUGCUUUUCGCUCUCAGACACUGGUACAACUCAUAAGAGCCUGGUUGUUCUGAAGCACGAGCAACAGGCAAAUUUAGACCCAACCGAAAAUCACUAUCAAGUCUUUAUCAACCGCAUUCCCUUUUUGUUUGAUAAAAUUCUGAGGAGAAAAUCGCGCACAACAACGUGCACAACACCUCACUCACUUCCCCGCAAAAACAAGGCGAAACUUGGCGAGGGCAUGAGUGGAAAGGUACGACAGGGCAAGCCAAGCCUGGCCCAGUCACGAUAG